GUAACCAAUCAAACAAAAUUAAAUAAAAAAAUGGGCCGACCAAUUAAAUAGACUCACUGCCGUCCUUUAUAUGUCUUUCUUCCAAUUUGGAUGUGCAAUUGGAAGACCUAAGGCGACUGGGGCGCGGCAAACUGCCGGCGAUUCCCUAAGAUGGCUUCAGACAAUUGAAUCGGCGGCGGCGUGCUGCUCUUCCGUUGCCCGAUCUGCGUUUCUUCAGAUCCGAUCGAAGUUCUCCGGUCUCAGGCUGUGCGCACGGUCUUCACACCGGCGACGAUCUCUUUGUGCGCGGCGGUUGACUGCUCACCGCAGCUCUAAGUCUGCUGCGCUCGGAUAUCUGCGGCUUAGUCCUUCAGCAGCGGUUCAGAUUUGCUUCUCCUGCCUGCCGCGCCCACACACGGUUCUCUUCACAAGAACCCUUGUUCUCUAUCCUGCUACCAAAAUGGAAGACAAAAUUUACUGUCAGACAUACUCCUUCGAGACUUACCAAAGAGUUGGGAUUGGCCUGAUGUUACCGGACAUUUUAUGGAUGGUAAGGUCGCCUUGCAAUGUGCUGAGAGUUGUUCUCCUGAGGCAUACGGCCAAUUGCCUCGAUUCCAGUCAGGUGAUUUCUCUUUGUUGCACUUGUUUGAAAGCUUUAAUUCUGUUAACAAAAAUGGAUAGGACUUGAGAGAUCAGAUCAGCAGUUAUAUAUGAAAGCAUGUUAGAAAUUCAUUUGGUGAGUGGUACUUUACUUUUGAACAUUUUUCCUAUCCUAGCAUACAGUUUACUUUUGAACCCAAUUAUAUUGAAUCUGCAUUAAAACUAAACAUACUUUUUUCACUAUUCGUGUUCAAAGAGUGUUACUAUUUCACCAAAAAAUACAAAGUAGGAAAGGUUUUGUGGGAAAGAGGAAAAAUAGAUGUUAAGAAUUUCU